AUGUGUUCCAGUCGGGGUUUAUGAGAAAAAAACCGCUCCAACAGAUCCUCCCGCUCGGAGGGUAGCGGAUCAGGCGCUCACUAUGCCCUGUGCGCUCUGGGGGUGGGGCUCAUUGCUCUGGGUAUCGUAAUGAUUGUGUGGACCGUGAUCCCAACGGAUGGAGAGGCAUCAGGCGGCUCAUCCACUCCAUCUGGCAACUCCACCACUGUACCCGGUAAUGAUGAAGAGGAUGAGAAGGACAAAGACAAGACAAAUUCUUCAUCAGUGGCUAUGGUGCUGGUUGGAGUUGGGGUAGCCAUGCUGCUGUUAUCCAUUUGUCUUGGUGUGAGGAGCAAGAGGAGAGCAAGAAACGUAACUGCCCAGCCGGCAGCCGCAGGAGCCUUCCAGGACCACGUAGCAGGGGAGCAGGAAGAGGCUCCAGACCCAACCUCGUACACCGUGCCGAGCUACGAGGAGGUCGUCAGUAGUGAAGAUUACCCGGUUCGCCAGAGCAACCUUCGCCAAAGCACCUCCCAGCUGCCAUCCUACGAGGACAUCAUAGCCGCUGUGGAAAACGAGGGAACAGAGCCUGAUAACAACCCCACUGAGGAGACCCCACUCAAUGAUUCCACACCAGCAGCUGUUGAACCCGCUGCAGAGCCCCAGCCUGACCAUCCUGCCCUGACACCAAACCCCAGCCUGCCCACCCGCAGCAGCAGCCGGGCCAGCCGUUUACUGAGGCCCCUCCGAGUGAGGAGGGUCAAGUCGGACAAGCUGCACCUGAAGGCCUUCCGCCUCCAAAUCCACAGCCCCACACAGAAUCCAAUGACCAUUGAACCCAUCACUCCUCCACCACAGUAUGAUAACAAGAUGCCUGAGUUAGAGUAGAGUCUCCCACUUAUUGCCUUGCUCCAGAUGAAUAAAAAUAUCUGUGUGAAAUUGACUAAUGAUAACACCACUUUCAAGGUUGGUUAUUAAGUAGGUUAAACGUGGCUGUGAGCUGUGUGAUGGAGGCCACACAGACACACUACUGGAAUAAGAGUAUCUCUGAAGUGGAUCUCUUGUUCAUUAUCCCUGAGGCUUGUCACAGGCAUAUUUAUUCUGUUGUAAUGCAUAUAAAGUCAGUGUGAAAGGCUCAGCUGUUAGAGUUGAGCUUUUGUAUUAAACAUCAUGCAAUAACUUAUACUACACACAGGACCGUAUUUCACUUUUAUUUAAUAGGACAGAUGUAUGAUAAUGGACAUCUCGUUAAUUUUCACUCCAUCACGAUUUAUUUUUGUUGCCUUACAUUGUUUCUGAAUUGUUUUGAAAAUGUAGACCUUAUGUUGUAAUUCAAGGGGAAAAGGGAAAAUAAUUGCCUGAGAGAUUUUAAUAUGGUAUCGAGUAUCAUACAGGGACUUUGGAGAGAAAUCCAUUGUAUGAUUUAUAACUUUUGUAAUGGAAAAAAAAUGCACUGCCAACAAGUGUGAGCAUUAGCUGUUAGUUAAAAAAUGUUUUGUAGUUUUUUAGUGUACUGUUUUACACAACCUGGUUCUUGAAAAUCAAAUGGCAUCUAUGUGAUGUCAACUGUGAACUUACUGCAAACUCUCUUAUCCACUGUGGCAAACAACUUAUAACAGAAAAACCAGGAGAAACAUGAUGAAUAUUCUAUCAAAGGAUUAGACGUAAGUGCUUUUAACUUCAUGUUUAAACUAAGAUGUAAUAUUUGUAUAAAAGUAGUAAAUAAAUGUUUUCUAUGUUAUGCAGAAUUAUGUCAUAUUUUUACAUUUUUUUGUUGCAGUCUCAGCCAAAAAGAUUUUAAUGCUUGAUCUUCAUAACCUUUGACGCCAUAAUCAGUUUAAUCAAGUAUGAAUCCAGACUUAAAGUGAGUGUCUCACUGCUGAACCUGCCGAUUCCCCCGAAACACACAAAAAGAUGGACUGCUGCUUUCUCUGAUUGCAUGCUGUAAGUUUGCUGGAGCUGUAUUUAUUUUGAAAGAGACAAACAAUGUCUUUUACUUUCAGUUAAUAAAAUCUAACUCCAGA